CAGAUAUGAUAGCAAAAAAUCAUAAUAAAGUAUUUAAUGAAAUUACAUUUACUAAAAAAAUGAAUUUAUUAAAAAAAGGAAAAUUUCAUUUUGUUCGACAACUUGGUCGUUAUUUACCAUUUAUGGUACAAAUUAAAGAAGAAGUGGAUAACGCUAUUGAUGAUUUUGAUGAUGUAAUUAAUUUACGUGAAGAAAUAGUUGACUGUAUUAUUGAAUUUAUGGGACUUCCAAUAACCGAUGAAAGUGAUAAAAGCUUAUUAUGUAAAACAUUAUAUGAACGAACUAUUGAUCGAAUGGAAAGAUAUCAUUUAUUAAUCUGUUUUAAUGCAUAUCUUAGAGAACAAAUGCAAUUAAGAUUUAGUGAAAAUUUUUCAACAUGGAUGAAACAUCAACUACGUCUUUAUCAAAUUAUGGAUGUUUUAGAUAUAUCUGAAUGGCAUACAUCAAUAGAUAUGUUAAAAUAUGAACAUCGUGUAUUAGUAACAGAUAGUUCACUUCAUGUAGAUGAAUUAAGUACACAACGAAUUACUGGUCUUGGUAAUUUUCGUCAAUUAGCUGGUGUACCAAUUUGUGGUUCAAGUCAACCAGAUACAAAUGGUAUUAUUCAUUUACAUAAUGUUUUAACAAAAGCAUAUUGGAAUAUGUCACUAAAAAAUAUAAGACCAGUUGUACAUGAAUUAAAUACUAGUAAAAAAGGUUCAGAGAAAUCAUCAAAUGGUAAAGAGGUAAAUAGUUAUGCAGUUAUAAUACCACAAAUGAUAUGGAUAUGUCUACGUGAUGAUUAUGUAGUUAAAUAUUCAGGUGAAACAUGUAGUUGGAGAGAAAAAUAUAAACCAGAAGAUUCAAUAACAUUACGUGGAGCUAAUGGAAUGGAACUUGAGGAAAUGGAACAAAAAUUUGCUAAUUCAGUCAGUAAAAUAAAACCUCCAUGUAAAUUAUUCAAAUUAAAUGAUAAUGGGAAAUUAUCGAUGAUUAAUAUUGAAUCAACUGAUCAACAACUUGAAUUAUUAAGUUUAAAACAAAUGUUUAAACAAGCAUUUAAUAUGGUGAAUACAAUAAAUUCAUCAGUAUCAUCAUCGUCUAAUAAUAUUAAUAAUAAUAGAAUAGAGGUAUCAUCAAUUCAUGGCACAUUGAUUGAUAAAGUACCUAGUUCCUAUGCAAUUUAUUUGAAUGAACAUGCUAUGUAUCAUCGUGUUCCGUUGCCAAAUUAUGGUCAUCCACCUCCACCGAUUUUUGACGACAUAUUACGCUUAAUGUUGCAUAAUGCUCGUGGUCUUUUAGCCAGUACAAAUACGUGUCUUUCAUUAAAACACGCUUGCAGUGGUUUAAGUCAACCAAAUAAAUCAGCAAGACAGUCCAUUUUUAAUUCAACUGAUAAAGAUGACUUACAAUUACCAAGUCCAUCAGAUACAUUAUUAAACAAUGUGCCUGUUACAAAUCUAAUAUUUUUUUGUGAAAAUGGUCGUGAACGAACAAGUUUGGCUAUGGCUAUAGCUGGGCUUAUUCAUUGCCACUUAUUUGGAUUUAUGUUUGGUUAUCGAGCUGAAGAAGAAGAACGUAUUUCAUUACGUGAUGCAAAAUACACCAAGGGCGAGUUUAUUAUUAUAAAAAAAUUGAUUCGUAUGUUGCCAAGAGGUCAUCAAAUAAAACGUGAAGUUGAUUAUAUAUUAGAUAAAUGUUAUGAAUCUAUGUCAAUGAUGCAUUUUCAUACAAGAGAAGAAAUUUACUUUACUUAUGUUAAAGCAAGAGAUGAAAAUGAUCCAGAAAAGAAAUUAAAACUACGUAAAAGAAGUUUAGCCUAUUUGGAACGAUACUUCUUUCUAAUUCUCUUCAAUGCAUACCUUCAUGAUCAACAACGUAAACGGUGGAAAAUUUCAUUUGAAGUUUGGAUUGAACACGCUACACAUCAAGUAUACUUUAUGGAUAUAUUAGAUAAUUUUGGUUUUCCUGAAUUUGAAGAACCAGAUAAACUCAGACGUAUUCGUGAACGUUGGCGACCAGAUGGUUCAAAGCAUCCUGCUUUACUUGGAGAUUUUACUUAAUUCAAUAUUUUAAUAACUAACACCAUACACUUUAUAAAUAAUAACCAUAUACUAUAUAUAAAACUUUAUUAAAUACAUGUAUUCAUACACCUCUAUUCUAACUUACAGAAUGUUUUUUUAGAUUAUUUCUCAGUUUCUCUGUUAUUUAAGUGUAGUAAUAGAAAACAUGAAUGUCUUAUUAUUUCUGUACUGUGUUUCUGUUCAAAUAAAA